GAGUUGGAUCAUUCUGAACAGGGUGGAGUGCCUCAGCUAGAACCUGUACUACCCCCAAGGGCUGUGGAUGGAAAAAUUAUACCUGCUCGACCUCCUCCACCUAAAGGUGUUCCUGGAAGGCCACCUCCUCCAAAACUCUCUGCAACCAGGAACUCCUCCCAUAAGGAUGCUCUAUCACGAUCUACUUCUGACAUAGCUCCUGAUAAAAAACCCAGCAAGUUCAAAUUGGGACCCAAGAGAGCAAAAAGUCAAGUCUUUAAAAAUCCAGAUCCAGCAUUACCUCCUAGGCCUAAACCAGGUCAUCCUCUCUACAACAAAUACAUGCUACAUGUGCCUCCUGGAGUUGCCAAGGAAGAUUGUCUUCCCAGAAAUACUGGAGAACUGCCCUGUAAGCACAGGGACAUGCUGCUUAUGAGGCAGAGCAACAGUAAUUACUUGGAGUGCCAGAAGGGAGAGGAAACUGGUAAAGUUCCUCUGUCUCAUGGGAAGAUAAUCACUCCUUUGGCUGAGUAUCUGAAAAUAUCUUCCAUGAUUCAUAAACUACUUGAAUUUAUUGUUUGUUGUCAGGAUUCAAACCACCCUCCAAAAGGUUGUGACACAAGUGCACCUCAUGCUGUAGUCCUGCAUGAUUUUCCUGCAGAGCAUGCUGGUGACUUGGAUCUUCAUUCUGGAGACACCGUUUGUCUUUUGGAGAAAAUUGGUACUGAGUGGUACAGAGGAAGAUGUGGGAAUCGCAUAGGGAUAUUUCCUGCCAGCUUCGUUAAAGUAGUUAUUGAUGUUCCAGAAGAAGGCAACAGGAAAAAAACACCCUGUUCAUCACGAUGUAUUAAAGGCCCAAGAUGCGUAGCACGAUUUGAAUAUAUUGGAGAUCAGAAAGAUGAGCUCAGUUUUUCAGAAGGUGAAACUAUUAUCCUUAAAGAAUAUGUAAAUGAAGAGUGGGCCAAAGGAGAGCUCAGAGGCACGUCUGGAAUUUUCCCCUUGAACUUUGUGGAAGUAAUUGAAGACCUGCCUGGAACAGGUAUGAACAUGUUUGCAAAAGAACUUGGUUUUAACAACAGACGCUCAGUAGAGUGGUGUGAAGCGCUUCACGAUUUUACAGCAGAAACCAAAGGUGAUUUAUCCUUUAAAAAGGGAGACUUCAUCCAGAUACUGGAACAAGUAGAUUUGGAGUGGUAUAGAGGAAGACUGAAUGAAAAGGAAGGGAUUUUUCCAGCUGUUUUUGUUCAGACCUGCUCAGGUACAGUGCUCCUACUAGACGGCCGAGGGAAGAAAGGAAAAGCCAAAGCUCUUUAUGAUUUUCAUGGAGAAAAUGAAGAUGAGCUUUCCUUCAAA